AGAGGCGGUGCUUGCGAGAGCUCCUUGCUGUGUUGUCAGCUCUUGGGAAGAGAAGUGUGAGCUGCGGGGAGCGGGGCUUUCGAGGGAGAGGAAGACCCCCCACUUCGUGCACCCCCUCCGCCCCCCACCGCCGUUGCCUUUCCAGGCAGCCCAGAUCUGGGGGCCACGAAGGAAGGAAGCCGUCCCUGCUGGGCCGCCGAGCUGGAGAGAUGAACGUGGGCACAGCUCACAGCGAAGUGAACCCGAACACCCGGGUCAUGAACAGCCGGGGCAUCUGGCUCUCGUAUGUCUUGGGCAUCGGCCUUCUGCACGUGAUCCUCCUCAGCAUCCCCUUCUUCAGCGUCUCUGUGGUUUGGACUCUGACCAACAUCAUCCACAACAUGAGCAUGUACAUUUUCUUACACACUGUGAAAGGAACGCCUUUUGAGACGCCUGACCAGGGCAAAGCCCGGCUGCUGACUCACUGGGAGCAGAUGGAUUACGGGGUGCAGUUCACCGCGUCCCGCAAGUUCCUGACCAUCACACCAAUUAUACUUUAUUUCCUUACAAGCUUCUACACUAAAUACGACCGGAUACACUUCAUCAUCAACACCAUCUCCUUGAUGAGUGUCUUGAUCCCCAAACUACCCCAACUGCAUGGCGUACGCAUCUUUGGGAUUAACAAGUACUGAGCCCAGGUGUCUUUUAUAUUCCCUUCUGGUGAGCUGUGAGAGGCCAGCAACGUGAGAACCCUGUUUCCUUCGUUCCGGCUGCGUCUUCAGGAUACACUUCCACACAAUGGCUCCUUUUUAAAAAUUUGAUUUCUUUUUAAAAUGAGCACAUGUUGCGCAGGAUUCCAAGAUCCAACAGAGAAGGCAGACGGCUCAAACGAUGCUUGAAUCCUGGGUGUAGAGUUUAGCUUGGAAGAGAGACAAGGGCUGGGGGGGGGGGGAGCUUAAAACGUAUUUAUUAUUAUUAUUGUUAUUAUUUUAUUUUUCAAGAAUCUGAAAAUAGAUGCAGACAACACUGAAAUUUGAAAGGUACUCAUAGCUUGCUCUCUGGGUAAUGGAAGACAUCCAGCCCAGAAGGCUUGGACAGGUAUAGAAAGGUAGGAGCCUAUGGCAAGGCGAUGUUUAGGAUGAUAGCAAAUGCACUUUAAUAUAAAGUUGUUCCCCUUUGGGGGGGAUUUGUGACUUGCUCAUCGAAAGGGCUAUAUCAGAAAUUUUGAGAUGCACACUAGGUAUAGAUUUCUUUGUGAGUUUGGAAGCCUUAGCUGAUCAUUUAUAAAUACAUUUUAAUUAUUUGGUAGGCAGUUGGGACAGAUUCUCAUUCUUUCUUGCAGGGGCAUGAACCAGGUUUUCCCCCCCAGUUACAAAAGCAAUGCUCUUCAGAGUCUUCUUUGAAAAGCCUUUGCCUAUAUAUAUAUAUAUCUCAAAGCUUUUCCCUCUCUGAGGUUGAGGGAGUGGGGAACUCCACAUGGCAGGUUGAAAACACAACCCAGGGACGAGAAGAAAGAGGGAAGAAAUGUUUUGACACUUGCCUUGCAGUGGUUGCCACAUUUCGACAGUCGCAACUGCCUCAUUGUGGCGUUUCUUCUGGAUGGGAGAGCCAAUGGCUGAAAGACUGGUCUCUUGAAGCAUGGAUGGCUUAUUUUGACAUUAUACAGUAACGGCGGUGGAGAAGACACAAGAUGAGGCCAAAGGACCCAGGCCCCAUUUCCAGCAUAAGUUGAUUAGGGUUGGUUAGGUACCACUCUUCGUUGAUUCAUUCGCUGAUUCAUGCCAGCACUGGGGUUCAGAGAGAGCUAUCUUGUUGCUGCCCUCUGUGAUGUCUAACUGAGAUGUUGCUUGUUUCCUGGGCAGCCUCCACCCAUGUGGCUUAAUGGGCUUUUGCUUUAGUGCCCCACUGUGUCAGAAUAAAAAAACCCUCUAUUGCUCUCUAUCACCUAGAAUGCAGAUAUUUUGGUAUACGUCUGACUGCUGGUUGGUCUGCUUCCUAAACACCGGUACAGCAAGGAGGAGGGUUUUCUUCUGCUAAUGGAUUAGUAAGUGGGUUGAUUUCUUUCUGAUGCUUCUGUUGGAUUGGGGGGUGGGGGCGGGAGAGAGAAACAGACUCUGAGAGCUAUAAUACAUUAUGUCAUUUAAUCGCCAACAGCCUUUUAAGGUGCAGGCUGCAAAUCAAUCAUGCGGACAUCAAGAAAAACGUGUGUUAAGUUUUGAUCAUCAAGAUCAUAGGUAUGUGAGUUUGGUUCUUCUUGUCAAUGUUGUGUCCUGUAAAAAAACAAACAAACAAUUUCCCUCCCCUUAUCCACCCCGCCCCAGGAAAUGCACACAUUGCUAGCUAGGAUAUGAGUUUUAUGAUGGGAUUUAAACAGCCUGGGUAUUUCCUGGAAUCUGUUUCUCAGGCUUGUUAGCUUGGCAACUGAAAUGUUUCCUUACCCCACUAAACUGGGGAGGCAUCUAAACAUUUGAGGCCGGUGCCAAUAAUUCGUAAGCUGUUUUCCCAGCUUUAGAACUGUUUGGGACACUUCCCUGAAAGGAGGAGGAGGGCAUUUUAAACACCACCUCUGCUUUUAGCAAUAUCUAGAAGUGAUGGCAGGGAAAGCCCACCUGGUUUCUCAAUGGCCACAUUAGCAGUGGUGAUGCUGUUGGGCUUUGCAGCAAGCAAAGGUUCUGGGUUGGGCAAAGAGGUUUAAAAGCCUUCCACCAAGCCCAGUAUCAUUAAAGGGGUGGGAGUUGCCCCCUUCUUUCUCUUCAGAUGUCCUUCCCAUUAUCUGAUUUGGUACAAUCUACGUAAUAAAACAGAUGAUUUUAGCUGAGGUUCCUGGAUUGCAAGGGCUUGGACUAAUUGACUCUUGGCCCCUUCCAAUUCUAUGAUUCUAUGAUUCUAUCCCUAUCCUGGACCAGUGGUGCAAGGCAGCUCAACAGACAAAAAUAAAAGCCGCUUUACACCUGCAGCAAAAAAUGUAAAGGACAGUUAAGUGGCUAUCCGGGGAGGCAAUGUGUACUAAAGUCCACAAAGCUUCAGAGACAAUGAUGCAAGAAACAAAGGAGAUUGAAAAUGUGGAGGCAGAGGUGGUGAACCUGCGGGACCUCCAGGUGUCGGGGGACUACAGCUCCCAUAAUCCAUGAACGUUGGCCACGCCGGCUGUGGUUGAUGGGAGCUGGAGUCGAAUGGCACCUGGAGCAUGUUUCGCACUCCCUCUGUUGAAAGAGAUACAGUGGAGCUGUGUUUGGCACAGCUGCAGUCAAAUGUUGCUUUUGGGCUUGUCACCUGUAUGUUUCAGCAGCCUUUGCGUCGCAGUUGGGACUAGUAAUCUUGGAAUCGAAGGCCAGGUUCUGGUGUACUUGGAGCUCUCCCUCCAGACACAACAGGGAAGAGUAUCAACCCUUGCAAUUUCCUGUCAGUCAGAGACCUCCUCGGUUGGCCAGGUAGAAGGACCAGGUCCUGAUGUCUACCUUUGGUUGUCUGACAGAGCAGGACCUUAUUCCUGGUUACUCCUCAACCUGAUGGAAGUCAUCUAGCCCUUGCCCUAGCCCAACAGCUUGUCAUGUUGUUGCCGUUUUGAUUGGCACUGACAGUUAUAAUUAAGUGUAGGUACGUGAGUUUGUGAAUUAGGAAGGCGAUAGUAGCUUCGAAAUUACGGACAGGCAAUAUAUACCACUGUUGAUGAUGACUGGUGUGGACCAGAGCUUGUCAUCUAGGCACAGAGAGGGAGGCAGGGUCUUCCGAGUGUAAUUCUUCUCUGAGAGAAGCAAGUAGCCUUCCCUGCUCAAGACACCUGCCAGCAAAGUGGGCUAAGAGGAUUAACAUUGUCAGCUUUUCACCCAAAUCCCAGCGCUAAGAUGCUGAGCUGCUAUUGACCUCCAUUAGAGCCUGUAUUUUUCAACUUCCUGUCUAAGGCAACUUGAAAGCAAGGUCCUUUUUAAAAUAUUCAUGAAAAAGGAAGAAAACCAAAUUUAACGAAAUGUGAAAAAUAUACCGAGGCUGGGGAACAGACUCGGCAUUGGGUUCUCAGAAAAGUGGGGGCAGGGGGGGGAUAGGCAUUCUAAUUUUUCUUCUUCUUGUGUUCAGUUCAAUUAUUAGCUUUUUCUAGCACUAGAUCUCCCCGUUCUACCUCCCAUUCUUUAUUCUGCAGAAGCAAAACAGCUACUAAUAUGUCAAAAUAAUAGUGGAAUGCUGAACAACCACUUACCAGUUUUCAGCAAUUCAGUGGAACCAGAUGAGCCCAGGUUAAAAGUUGAAAUUCAGCAGCGAUUUUAAGAAAUUUUAAUCAAACGCACAAUUUUAACCCCAGGUCUUGCUUUGAUGAGGAAGCAAAAAUACCGGGGGAGGGAAAUAAUCUUCUUCAACGUAGAUUUCUGCAAUAGAAGUUGUGCUCAUUACUUGAUGAUACGUGUAACUCAAUACAGUAUAUGGAUAACUUAAAGGGCUUGUGUAUUGUUUAGCACUAUUCCAAUAUAUAGGUGGUUAAGGCCUUAAACACAGAUCUAAGUUGCACUCUUCCGAAAAACAGAAUGUUCUUUUGCAAGGGUAUAAAUCAGUACCCUACUAAAAAAGGAAAAAAUAUAGAAAGAGCUCAUUAGCACUAUGUCUACACACCAGCCAAUUUUCAUGUCAUUCAUUGCUCUGCAAACUUCUGCUCCUACCACUUCGUUUUCAUUAUUCUGAGUACUGAGGGGAUUGUUCAGAAUAGCCCGUUCACCAGCCACAGUGCUCUCAAGGUAUUCUAGGCCUGCCUUAGCAACCUGCAGUCCUCCAGGUGUUUAGGAUGUCAAUCAGCCUCAGCCAACAAGGCCCAGAGCUCUAGGAUGAAGGGAGUUGUAGAGCAACAACAUCUGGAGAGUACCAAGUUGGGGAACCAGCUGUUCCAGGCCGUGUCUCCCGUUGUCAGUAAGAGUUCCUGUUACAGUUAAGCAAAGGGGGUGGGUUUAGCUUUAUGAAAAUCUAAACAAAACCCUUUACAAAGUGAGCUGCCAGCUCACUCUUCUGCCAAUAGUUAUUGCUGCUAGAAAAGUGAGCUCUAAGAAAGCUUACGUUGUCCAGGCCAAAACCAUAUGAGAGAAUCAGCUGGCAGAUUGUUCCUUUACAUUAAAAAUAUUAAAUAUUUGUAGAAACUUUCAAAACCAAGUGGAGAAAAAGAGAGCCUGGGCUGUGGUCAAUCCUAUAUGCUCAUUUGCUGAGGACUUGCUCAGUCCUGGCUUUGUCAAACAGAGCAAGCCCAGUUAAUAUGGCGUGAAACCCACUUGUUUUCCAUAUUCCCCAAUGAAGCUGCUUCUUGGUGCUGACACAAGAGCUCAUGCAGUUUCCUUGUUGACCACUUUCUGUACCUCGGUACUGUAGAAAGAGCUGCUUUGCUAAGUCUUGGCACUCUCCAUAAAGAAGAAGGUUUCUGUAUACUAUAAAAUUUAAUAGUUGUGGUUUCUGUGGGCAGCAUAACUUAUUAGAGACGAUGCACCAUCCUAUCAUUUUUAAUAAUUUGGAAUCACUUCUAUCAGUAAAUUGUUCCCCUGUGUGUGCCCCUAAUGGAAUCUCCCUGGCAGAGGGCAGGGGACAUGCAUAACUAAGGAUGGCAGGGGACUGGGGAGGUAUAAUUGUCUUGGCUGAGUUGUGUUUUAACCAACCCAAUUAGGCCCACUGGGCCUUUUACAAAGAGCCCCAAAUCCGUCCUCAGUUUGCCUUGGGAGCAAACAGAGAUUGAGCCCUUCCUGCUCUUCUAAAGGAGGUGCUGGGCGGGCGGGCGAUAGCAUGCUCCCUUUAAUUCACUGUCCCAAAGGCCAAUCUCUUCCACCAGCACCCUAGUAAUCAUUUUGAAGGGGACUCAGAAAGCAGUGCACCAUUUGCAAUAUUGUCUCGGGGCCACAAAUCUCUCCCCACCCUACAUGGCUUUACGGGAUAAAUAAAUGCUCUCCAUCAUUGAAGUGGUGAGUGGAGAGGAUGGGAUUUCCCACACAAAUGUUGCAUGUGAACACAUUUCUCUUGGAAUAAUUGUAGGUACCAAGGCUGCUUUGCCCAGGCUGGCAUAAUUAAGGUAUAAAAUGCAUCUCGAGCCUGGUGUAUCUCAGAGACUGAGCAGAAAGGCCAUGCACUGUCUAGGGUUUCUGUUGUCAGGUUCUGUGAUUAGUGCAGGAACAAUCUGAAACAUGGGCCUGUGGUGGUCAAAGCUUCAAGUUAUACUAAAAUCAUGCUUGGCAUUUCCCAUGUGUAUGCAAUAAAAAGCUGAGGUUUACCCCUUCUCCCAUGUGCUACUAUCCUCCUGAAAAUUACCCCUCUGUGAAGUUGACCCCCCCCAAGCUGCCAUUAUCUGCAAACAGCAGCUUCAGGCAAGAAGUGUGUUUUCAGUGACUGAAUGGUGCAGUAAAUUGCACCCCCUUCCCUGCAUUAUGGUCCCUAUCUGGAAUCACUCCUUCUCGCACACAAAAUAAAUAGAUUGUAAAUAAAAAGACACGGGGAAUCUCAACACGGGAUUCAGGGACUUAAUGUAGCAUGUUGAUAGAAAGAAAAUAUGGAGCCUAUCUGAAACAAAUCAAGGUUUUCUUGUGGCUUUUGAUGUGGACACUAUGGGGUCUGUGAACACCCAGGACAAUGCACAGAGCAGCCUAGAAUAAAUGAACUUUAUUACGGUCACAGGCCAGGAUAAAACACAGAGCAGCCUAGAGGAGAACAACCCCACUCCUAGCAAGCAGCUUCCAUAGCGUACAGGUUCCACGGAGCAGACUGAGUAGCUGUGUGCUUUGUGCCAAGUCUGGAGCCAAAUUGCUGGCAGAUACCUAGAACAUGUGGACCUCCUGGUCCUGGUGGGCACCAACUCGCAUCACCCUUGACCAAUGGUCAGGGUGAUAAUGGGGGUUGUAGUUCAGCAGUACCUGGAGGUCUGUAGGUUCCCCCUCCCUGGGCUAGAGCAGAUGAUCAGGGCAGACAUAGUUUCUCAGAGAGGAGUGUAGCAGGUGUGAAAAAUUUGCAGCAGAACUGGAUUUGUUAUUUGAUGAUCAUCUAACGGUCAACAGAGUUGCUAGUGUCCCUACUCAAAUUGCCUGCGGUUCCUUCCUCCAACCGGCACCUAGGGUGGCUUGGUGGAUAGGGAAUCUGUGCCUGAACGGCUGUGCUCCUGAUUUGAUCUCUACAACAACAGCAACAAGGCUGUUCCUGACCAUGAGAACCUCUGUAGCAGCAGAAGUAAUGAUGGAACGCGCAAUCGCGCAAUGGUCCACUCAAAGAUCAGUGGAAAGGAAGCAACGUCUUUCCAAGUUGUCACAAGAAAGUUUUGCUCAAAAUAAGUAGAACUGGGUUGUGGGGCUGCAAAUGGCCUGCUCCCACCCAGAUUUUUGUACCAGGUAAAGCAUAGUAUCAUAUGGGCAGGUCACGUAUAUGUGACCAUGCAGGGAACAGUGUAACAAUCAUUAAAGGGUCCCUGCCAAAGGGGCAUAUGUAACAUUUCUGGAACUCCAGAAAUGGAAGAAAAGGGAAAAGACCAAUGAGCUCUUUUCACGACUUAACAGCAAGGUGCUGUGUUUACUACAGGAGCUAAUACUUGUGGGUUUAAUUGCUAAUUUGGCAUCAAUUGGUUGGUGAGGUCUAGGUUUUUCUCUUAGCUUUAUAGGCUGUUUACUUCAUAAGGGUUUAAUUUAAAAAAAAACAAUAAUUAACUAUUUUAAAGGUAUGGUAGUAAGCUCUUUAGGAGGGCAUGGUAGCUGAGUUGUUGCCACAAACUGCAUUUUAUGAUAUGUCUGUGGAUUGUUCUUUAAUUGUAGUGAAUUAACCUAUUGUAUUGAUUUACCAUUAUCUGUGAAAUAUAAUUUUUAGAAUGUGAGUGUGAAUGUUCUUUUCAGUGAGCGUUAAAUGUUUUACACCUUUGUGUCGAACAUAGAAUUACGGUUGUGUUGGUUUUAUUUUUUUUAAAUCUUCUUUUGUUUCUGGAUUUGCUCUCGUUUUGUCGUGUACACGUGAGAAAAGAAAACUUUCAUCUGGAGAACUUUCUAAGACAAAGUGUGAAUAUUAUUUUUAUGAGUCCUUUCUACAGUAUUCAAAGACAAACCAAUUAAAAAAAAUCAGUAUUCAUGUAAUA